AUGAACCAAAAAUCCCUUAAAUUAAGAGUAAAAAAUCUCGGAGUCUCGACUAAUGGACUACAUGUUCUCCGAGCAGCAUUGGGACUGGAGGGAAACCAGCCUGAAGCCAAUCGCCCCAUCUUGCUCGCGAUUGACUUUGAGAAUACCAAGAACUUCAUGAAUGGGUUUCCUCACAGCGAAACAGGCCAAGUCGGCCUCGCGACUCUCGACACGAGAGAGUUGCAUACGUCCCCGCCAGAAAAACUGAUAGCGACCAACAACCUGAUCUCAGGAUCUUCCUCCUACACAUCCAUGGUGUCAAGCAAUGUUCUUUUCGGAACAACGACAAUCAUCAGACCAGCCGAAGUGUUACAGAAGAUUCAGAGCCUCAUUCCUAGCGAUCGGGACAUCAUUCUGGUGGGACACGGUGUGCGCGUAGAACUCGGAAUAUUGCUGACGCUGGGCUUCACCUUCUCUCCACGCAUCACUAGUAUCAUUGAUACAUGUGGUGUUACCGGGGAGGUCCUCGGGUCCCCCCACUACUCCCUUAGGGAGUUGUUGAAAACUCUUGGCUGCCCGCACGAUCGAUUGCAUAACGCUGGGAACGAUGCCCAUUUCACGCUGAGGGCCGCGUUGCUACUGGUAGCCCGCGACUACCCCGACCACGAUCAUCCCACGAUCGACAUCUUGAGAAGCAUUGCGAUGGAACCGCUAGCUCACCAGGUACGGGCCGAGGCCAGGGCGGCAACAAGAGAGGAGAGGAAGAUUGCACAACUAAACAGCAGGAAGUACCAAUCCCAGUUUUGGACCGAUGAGCAGAAAGCUGAGCUUCGUGCUCAGCGUGCGGCCAAGAAGGCUCAGCCAGAGAUGGAUAUCUGGAAUCUCUCAUGA